UUUGGUUUCGUUUCAAAGCAUGAAGAAGCCUCCAACUCAGACCUCUUCUUCCACUUUUUUUUUUUUUUUGUUUUUUCAGUUUUAAUUUCUCUUCAAACCUUCUUUCUCUCUUUUUCAUCUUGCUACCUUCUUCAUACUUUGGACCUUAAUCAACACAACUACCACAAUUGAGUUCAGUUUUCUGAACAAGUGAACUUCUAGUGAUAGUAUUAUGCAAGAUCAAGAUGAUUGAGUUGUUUGAAUAUCAAGAGAGAGCAAGGAAUGGUUAAUCAAGCUGAUUUAGUUAUCAUUUGUGUCUCUGUUGGGGUGGCCCUUGGAGUUUUGAUUGCUUGCCUCAUAUAUUUUGGCAUAAGGUGGUAUAAGAAGCGAAGUCAUCUUGGUCGAUCUGCGAAUGAACCUAGUUUAACGACUCUCCCUAUACGAACAAAUGGAUUAGGAACGAGCAUUGACUUCAGUGCUUCUCUCACCAGUUCCAUAGCCACUUCAAGGUCACCAAAUCCUCAAAAAAGUUUGCAUUCAACUUGGUGGAAUCAUCAGAACACAGAUGGGUUUGCUUCAACAUCAGGCAUUCUAAAGUACUCAUACAAAGAAAUUCAAAAGGCCACACAUGACUUCACAAAUACAUUGGGACAAGGAUCAUUUGGCACAGUUUAUAAAGCCACAAUGCCUACAGGAGAGGUGGUAGCUGUCAAGGUGCUUGCUCCCAAUUCCAAACAAGGGGAGAAAGAAUUUCAAACAGAGGUGCUUCUGCUAGGAAGACUGCAUCAUCGAAAUCUUGUAAAUUUGUUAGGAUACUGCAUAGAUAAAGGACAGCAUAUGCUGGUUUACCAGUUCAUGAGUAAUGGAAGUUUAGAAAACCUUCUAUAUGAUGAAGAAAAGAAAUUGAGUUGGGGUGAAAGGCUGCAAAUUGCUGUUGAUAUUUCACACGGAAUAGAAUAUCUUCAUGAAGGGGCCGUCCCACCCGUCGUGCACCGUGAUUUGAAAUCAGCUAAUAUAUUGCUAGAUCAGUCAAUGAGAGCUAAGGUUUCUGAUUUUGGGCUCUCAAAGGAAGAGAUCUUUGAUGGCCGUAAUUCUAGCCUUAAAGGUACAUAUGGCUACAUGGAUCCAGCAUACAUUUCCUCGAGCAACUUCACAAUGAAGAGUGACAUUUAUAGUUUUGGUAUAAUAAUUUUUGAGCUUAUCACUGCAAUCCACCCACAUCAAAAUUUGAUGGAAUAUAUCAAUCUUGCUGCAAUGGAUUAUGAUGGUGUAGAUGGGAUUCUUGACAAGCAACUUGUGGGAAAAUGCGAUCUUGAAGAAGUGAGACAGCUUGCUAAAAUUGCACACAAAUGUUUGCACAAAUCACCCAAGAAACGCCCCUCCAUUGGUGAGGUUUCACAGGGUAUAUUGAGGAUUAAUCAAAGGCGCCUCAUGAAAGAGGACACCAUGUCAUUUGCAAGUGACAACAUCUCUCGAACUGUGAGUCAAAUAGAGGAUCAACAGGUUGAAUUGAGUAAAAUAACCACCAUGAACCACGGAGAAAUGGGGUGAAAGCAUAUUCAUAUACUUGGGGUGAAAAAUCUUUUUGUAGUCUUUGGAACAAGAAAGUUUAUAGAAGAAAAAAAAUCAUUGAAUCAACCACUAACUGCAAAAUAUGGAAAUGCAUGUCCAUGUUCUUGCAAAUGUGAGGCAAAGUGGACAGAUAACAAAAGCGGAUCCUAUACUACUGUGAAACAUGAUUUGAUUUGUAAAUAAUCAAUUCUGUCUUGCGAGUUUUGGUAGGAAAUUAACAGAAAUAAAUUCAAUUUUUUACCAUCAAUCAUUUAUACGGAUAAAUGUAAGAGCUUUCUGAGGAACAAAUAAAGAUAAUAUGGAUGAUUGACAGGAAUAAGUUUCCCUUUUACUCGGACGAAUAAUUGAA